AUGUCUCUCCUUCUUAAUUCUCUUAUGCUGUCGCAGCCAUCUACAUGGGGCUGGAAAUCGAUGCAAGAAUCUAGGUUAUUGUCACAUGGGCGAAGCACAAGAGGAAUUAGCAGAACCAUCUGUAGAACUGGGAAAAGGAAUGGAAAUGGGAUUAAAGCCUUUUUCUUUAAUCCUGAACAGGACCCCAUAGUCAAAGAAGCUCUCAAGGAACCAGUGGCAUUUUUGGGUGGAAUAUUUGCGGGUGUUUUAAGGCUUGAUUUGAAUGAGGAGCCUCUCAAGGAAUGGGUUACUAGGACUGUGGAAGCUGCAGGUAUUAGCGAAGAAGAAGUGAAUACAGAGGAGUCAACAACUGAGGCAGCUCCUCGAGAGAUUCAGAUUGAAUAA